AUGUCUCCUCCCCUCUUCCUACUUGCUGCCUCUGCUGCUGCCUCCUUCGCUCUAGGCCCCGAAGCCUCUGUGCAUGCCUUUAACCUGCAGCUCAAGACAGGCAGACCCGUAGGAGUUCCUUCUCUCGUGUCUUCCUCCACCGAUCUGUUGAAGGGGCCUUCCUCAGCGCCUGGCGCUCCUCUAGCAACAGCGGGGGCUUCCUCCCUUCCAGUGAACGAGUUGCGCCUUCAUGCGGCCCCCAGCCCUCCAGGAGAGGAAGCGGCCCCUUCUUCUGGAGUAGACAGCAGUGUGCUGGCAAUGGCUGCCUUCCUGCGCUGCCAUAAGCCUCUGCUGAACGACCGAGGCCCUGAGUUGCCGGACGGCAACCUCUGCAUGCUGCUUCGGGGCUGUGACGCACACCAGCGGAUGAUAUCUCCACUGGAACUAAAGACAAACGCGCAGGCGUUGCCAGGCGCAGCGGCUGCAGGCGUGAUGGCGGCCAAGGGUACUGCUGCAGCAGAGGCCCUCUGUGAGCAACUAGGGGAAUCGCUCAAACUAGGCAAGGGGCCCCACGGGGUCUGCCCAGUGGAGCUUCUGAAGCUGGAAGUGGGGAAGGUCCACCGGUUGCUGCAGUUUGCAACAGCUGCGGGGCUCAAGAAGAACUUCAUGAGCUCCGAUGCUCUUCUCGUCAUGCUCGAGCUUUACGAGGAAGUUGGUCUUAAUAGCGACCAUAUUGUGCAAGUCGUCAAAGGUCUAAGAGAUUUCUAUCAGGCAAGUCUAGAUGAUGCUGCUGUUGCUUCUGCUGCUGAGAAAAUGUGA